GGAACUAAAAAAUCUAAAAAAAUAAUAAGAAAUAACCAGUCCGCGGAAAACGUUGAAGUUCAUCUACAUAAUUUUCCUACUACAUAAAGCAUAUAUAUAUAUAUAUUUCAAAUUUUGCACAGAUGAAAUUUUUAGUUUUUUAAGAUAAAUGAAAAGCAUUGAAAAGCCAAAAAAUCUCCGCAUUGUGGAAAAAUUUUGCAACGAAAAAGUCACAGCUGCAUAUUAUUGAAAGGAAAUUUCGAAAGAAAAAAAUUUUAAAUCGUUGAAAAGUUGAGUCGAAUCGGAAACGGAGCGUAACGCUGUGAGGGCGAUCUGCGGAUCGGAUCGCUUUGGGAUCGGAGUGAAUUAGAGUGUUGGUGGUGUGGAGUGUGUGUGCGUGCGUGUGUAGCGGUGGAGUAGAUUCGAACCAAAUCGUCGUAACGUAACGUAACGAAACGGUGGCACGCACAUAUCUCAACCUACUACGGAACGGAAACGGAAACGGAUUCUGAACGGAAAGUACGACGGAGUCACAACAACGACAACGAGUACGCAACGAAUUUUAGAAGUAUGACUUUUUCGCGGAAAAAAGUGCUAACGUUAUGCGUGUGCACACUAUUGGCGCUCAUCAGUUUUCCCGGAUAUGUUGAUUGUGCUAAUAAAAAGGGAUCACAGGCUGCCGCAGCAGCGCCACCGCCAGCACCCAUCGAGCCCGAGGCCGUCAUCGAGGAGGUCAAUGCCAAGCAAUUGGAGAAACUAUUGACCGAUAAGGAUUAUGUUGCUGUCUUUUGGUAUGCGCGAAGCUGCGUCACCUGUGAUAAAGUAUUAGCGGAACUCGAAAAAAUCGACGAUGACACCGAUUCAUUCGGUGUUGACUUCGUAAAGAUUAACGACAAACGACUAGCGAAGCAAUACGGAAUUAAAAAUUUCCCAGCACUCACGUACUUCAGGGAAAAGGAACCAAUUAUCUAUGAUGGCGAUCUCAUGGACGAGGAGGGUGUACUCGAUUUCCUCACCUCUCUGGAAGCCAUGGACUUGCCCGAUCGCAUUGAAGAGGUCAAUUCAAAGAUUCUUUUAAAAAUCAUCGAGGAUACUGACUUCGUAGCUGUUUUAUUCUGUCCCGAUCAUGCCACGUGUCCGCCUAGGGUUAUGGAUAAACCGCAAUGUCGUAAAUGUGCCAAAGCUUUGCAAGAAUUGGAAAAUAUCGACGAUGAAGCAGAUCAAUUGGGCAUCGGUUUUGUCAAGAUACACGAUGAGGAAUUGGCUGAAGAAUACAAUUUGGGCAAUCUUCCAGCACUGGUCUACUAUCGCCAUCAGACGCCGAUCAUAUACGAAGGUGAAUUGUCACGUGAAGAAGAUGUCUUGGAGUGGUUGGUGCAAAAUAAAUCGACUGGCGAUGAGGAUGACGUGAUCGAGGAUGUUACAGCUAAAACACUGUCCACUCUGAUAAGCAACAUCGAUAAUUUGGUUGUAUUAUUUUAUGAUCAUGGUAAUGACGAUUCAAUGACCGUAUUGGAAGAGCUAGAACAAAUCGACGACGACUGCGAUAAACAUGGAAUUCAAUUUGUAAAAAUUGAUGAUUCCAAAUCCGCAGCGGACUAUGGAAUCGAUUCGAUUCCGGCAAUAGUUUAUUUCGAAAAACAAAUUCCAAAUAUUUAUGAUGGCGAUCUCAUGGCUGAGGAGCAGAUAUUGCAUUGGCUGGUGGGACAGCUGGAGCACGACGAAAUCGAAGAUGUUACCGAUGAGAUGCUCGACAAGAUGGUGAAGGAAGGACGCGUUAUGGCGGUGUUAUUCUAUGAUAACAAUGAUAAAAAAUCGCAAAAAGUACUCGAAGAAUUAGAGAACAUCGAUGAUGAAUGCGAUGCGUUGGGCGUUACUUUUGUGAAAAUCGACAAUCCUGAAGAGGCCAUCGAAUACGGCAUAAACAAAGUUCCUAAAUUAAUUUACUUUGAAAAAGGCAUUCCAACCAUUUACGAGGGCAAUCUUGAGGAUGAAGAGAAAUUGCUGAAAUGGCUCGAAGAGCAAACAACAUCCGAUCAAAUUGAGGAUAUUACCGAUGAAAUGAUGGAUUUGAUAAUUGAGAAGAUGCCCUAUGUAGCUGUGCUCUAUUACGACAAAGAUCAAAAGAAAUCGCAAAAGAUUCUCGCCGAACUGGAGAAUAUCGAUGAUGAGUGCGAUCAAAAUGACAUAGCUUUCGUUAAAAUCGACGACGACAGUGAGGCCAAGGAGUGGGGUAUCGAUGAAAUACCAUCCAUUGUAUUCUUCGAACGUGGCAUACCGCAUAUAUACGAGGGUGAUUUGAUGAAAGAAGACGAACUCUUGGGUUGGCUGGUACAUCAGAAGCGACACUCGGAGAUACCGGAAGUCACCGAUGAAAUGAAGGAUAAACUGAUUGAAAAUACUGAACAUUUGGCUGUUAUUUUUUACGACAAAGACGACAAGCAAGACAUUCGCGUACUCAACGAAUUGGAAAACAUCGAUGAUGAACUAGAAAAGGAGGGUAUCGUUAUUGUGCGCAUUGAUAAUGCCGCCGAGGCCAAGGAAUACGGCUUGGAUCACUUGCCCGCACUCAUUUACUUCGAAAACAAGAUACCAGCACUGUACGAAGGCGACUUAAUGAAUGAGGAUGAAGUAUUGGAAUGGUUGAUUUUACAAAAACGUACUGCCACCAUUGAAGAAGUUACCGACGAAAUUCUCACCGAGCUAAUCAACGAUCACGAAUAUGUUGUGGUAUUCUUUACCGGCCCUUGCGAACCUGGCGAGAAGUGCGACAAAACUUUGAGUGCAUUGGAAAGCAUAGACGAUGAAUUAGAUGAGGCUGGCAUUAUUUUUGUGACCACCGAGGAUACAAAUAUCGCUAAGAAGCAUAACAUUAAAAACUAUCCACAGUUGGUAUUCUUUAGAAAUCGUGAUCCAUUGGUAUUUACAGGUGAUUUGGAUGAUGAAGAUGAGGUGUUGGCGUGGAUCACCGAUGAAGAUACGCUGGAGAUACCCGGUAAAAUUGAGGAAGUAAAUACCAAAAUGUUGGAUAAGAUAUUGUCGGAAAACGACCAUGUUGUGGUGUUCUUCUAUCGCGAGGGUGAUAAGCGCUCACAAAAGAUACUCAAUGAAUUGGAAAACAUUGAUGACGAAUGUGAAGAGAAGGACAUUGAUUUUAUCAAGACUUCCGAUCCGGAUGUGGACAAAGAAUAUGAUUUGGCUAGUUUGCCAGCGUUGGCAUUCUACAGACACAAAUUCAGAACAAUAUACGAUGGUGAUCUCAUGAAGGAGGAGGAAAUUCUGGAUUGGGUUAUCGAUCUGCAUGAGUCGACGGCUGAUGUUAUCGAAUCUGUGGAUCGCAAAACUUUGCAAGUGCUGAUCAAUGACGUCGAACACUUGGCGGUCUUUUUCUAUGACGAUAAAUGCGAAUCGUGUCCACAAAUCUUGGAGGAAUUGGAAACCAUAGACGAUGAUACGGACAAGCAGGGCAUACAAUUUGUCAAAUCGAACGAUGUGAAGUUGGCGCACGAAAUUGGAAUUUUCGCAUUCCCCGCCUUAGUUUACUACGAGACAGGCGUUCCAAUCAUGUAUGAUGGUAAUAUUGAGAAUCCACAAAUUGUCUUCAAAUGGAUAUUGGAACAGAAGGCCGAUGAAAGUAUUCAGCUCAUAGAUCGGGACACACUGAACGAAUACAUAAACACCAAAGAUUUUCUGGCUGUAAUUUUUUACAAAGAAGACGAUCCAGAUGCGCCACGCGUCUUGCGUCACAUCGAACUGAUCGAUGAUGAAGCGCUGGAAUAUGGCAUACACAUAGUUAAAAUGAAUGACAAGUUGAUGGCUAAGAAAUAUGGCUACCGCAAUCCACCUGGCAUAACAUAUUUCCGCAAGGGCAAAUACAUUAACUACGAUGGCGAUAUUGAUGAUGAGGAAGAGGUGCUGGAUUGGCUUACAAGUCCGGCGAAUAUGGAAAUGACAGAUCACAUUGAGAAAGUGAAUCGUAAAAUGUUCGAUAAAAUACGCAAAGCUUCCGACUACUUGGCUGUGAUUUUCUAUAGUGACGAAUGCAAGCAGUGUCCUCGUGUGCUUGCCGAAGUGGAGCAUAUCGACGAUGAAGCGGAUAAGGCGGGUAUCGAUUUUGUUAAGAUCGAUGACAAGCAAAUGGCAAAAGAGUUUGGCGUUUUCGCGCUACCUGCAAUUGUGUUCUUUAAGCCAACAUCGAAGGAACCAGUUAUCUACGCCGGUGAUCUUUAUGAAGAAGAACAAAUUCUUGCUUGGUUACUAACGCAAAAGGACCCAAGCGGGGAUGUUAUCGAAGAUCUUGAAGGCGAGAGACUGGUUCAAUUGAUCGAAGAGUCUGGUUCGAUUGCGGUAUAUUUUUAUGCCGACGGUUGUGAGCAGUGCACCAAAGUGCUGGAAGAACUGGAGAACAUUGACGACGAUUGUGAUAAGCAUGGCAUAACGUUCGUAAAGACUCGUGAUUUUUCGGUUGCCGAUGGUUAUGGCGUACAUGAGUAUCCAGCGCUCGUCUAUUUCGAAGGCGGUAUUCCGAAUGUUUUUGAAGGUGAAUUGAACGAAGAGGAGGAAGUCUUACAAUGGCUGAUCACGCAAAAGACUGAGGAUCGUAUUGAGUUAAUCACUCGUCAGAUGCUGGAAACCAUGGUUGAGGAAACACAAUAUUUGGCUGUUUACUUCUACAAAAUCAACUGUAACAUUUGUGACCAAAUUCUUGAGGGCCUGGAACUGAUCGAUGAUGAAUGUGAUGUCUUUGGCAUUCAUAUGGUUAAAAUACAGGAUCCACAAUUGGCGAAACGUUAUUCGAUCAAGACAUUCCCAGCACUUGUGUAUUUCCGAAACGGCAAUCCUUUACUUUUCGAGGGCGAUCUGCAAAACGAGCAAUCAGUUUUGGAAUGGCUUAUUGAUGAUGACAAUCGUGAAUUGGCAGAUGAAAUUGAAGAAGUAAAUGAACGCAUGCUGGAACGUUUGAUGGCCGAAUCCACAUUAUUGGUGGUGUUCUUUUAUGAUGAAGAUUGCGCCGAGUGUGAAGAAAUUCUUGAAGAACUUGAAGAAAUCGAUGGCGAAGCUGAUAUGUUUGGCAUUGAUUUUGUAAAAAUUGCUAGCGUAGAAGCGGCUAAGAAAUACGAUGUUGUGAAUAUACCAUCACUGGUCUACUUUAGAAAGCAAGUUCCUGUAUUGUACGAUGGCGACUUACACCAACAUGACAAGGUUAUUACAUGGCUGACUUCGCAGGAUGUUUUCGAAAUUAAAAAUGAAAUUGAGGAAGUCAAUCGUAAGAUGUUGGAUAAACUACUCGAAGAAAAUGAAUUCAUAACGGUGUUCUUUUAUGAACACAAUCAGCAAGAUAGCAUAGCCGCAUUGGAAAAACUUGAAAACAUUGACAGUGAAACGGAUAAUCUGGAUAUAACAUUUGUGAAGAUGGCCGAUUCGCGCUAUGCCAAGAAGUGGGGCGUUACAAAACUGCCAGCUAUGGUCUAUUUCCGACGAAGGUUCCCCAGCAUUUAUAGAGGUGACCUUCUCUCUGAAGAUGAGGUUUUGGAAUGGUUGCGCAAGAAUCGUUUCCGCCAACCAGAACUGAAUAUAUUUAUGUAUGCGCUAAUCGCAUUGGCUGUUGGUUUCUUACUAUACACUGCCUUCCUACUGCAAUGCUUUAAACCAGCGCCACCACCACCACCGCAACAUCCCAAACAGUCGUGAUAAAAUUCUAUAAUCUGGUUUAAAAGAAAAUCUAGCUGCAUUAAUGCUGCGAAUAAAUCAUUGCACUGGAACAAAAUCACGAAACAACUACAACAAGGAAUGCAAAUUAUCACGAAUUAUCAUCCAAUGACGACAAUCGUCUAAAUUAGACGUGAAACGAAUUUGAGAAAAACAACAACAAAAUAAAAUAAAAAUAUGGAUUACAAAGAGCCGAAAGCGAACCCAUAUUACCGUUUAAAAGAGAGAGAGAGACAUAAAAAGCAUCGAUGAAUGUAAUUUGGGAAAAGCUAUUGGUUAUAUGAAAUUUUAUAACUGUAACUGAACUAUAUACAUAUAUAUAUAUAAUAUUGUAACAAAGAACUCAAAACCACGAAACCGUCAAAAGCUAAACCGCCGCAACUUGAACCCAAACGGAAAUGAGAUUUUAUUUAUUUGUAAAAUUAGACAAAAAAAAAAACAAAAACUUUUUUCGUUAAUUAACGACGCUCGAUAAAGAAAAAAACAAUAUAAUUUAUAAAACAAACUGUAACAAAUC